AGUCGGUGAGGGCCAGAGGACUCUACCGAACCGCAGGGGGCUUAGUCCUGCCUGGCCAAUUUCCAGCCGUUGGAGCCGGAGCAAGUUGAGAUCUCUUUCCGGGCCUCGGUCUCCCCUUCCAGCCCCACAGCCCAACUGGUGGGGCGAGUCCCUCCCCGUAGUAGAAACCUGAGCUGAGUAGUAACUCCCUGACGCCGGGGACUUGGGGGUCCCGCCGCCUCUGGGUCCCCUGCCCAGGCCCAGGGCAGGGCUCAGAGGAGCUGCUGAUCUCGAACGAGGGAAGAAGGACGGCGCUGGACAAGGAAGGGCAAGGGCCUGGCCGCAACCUCUUCCCUCCAGCCCACACACACCCCCGCAGGUGCUCUGGGAGGAAGGCGCCCCAGGCCCGCGACCCCGCCGCAGAUGGGACGCCAAGGCCCGGAGAGGGAUCCCCGGGGCUCCGCCGUCCCCCCUCCCGCCCCCACCCCGCGCAGGAACAAAGGCGGAGGUGGGACCCACAGGCGGCCUGACUCCGCGGGGCGGGGCGGGGCGGGCCCGCUGCCUCCUUAAAGCCGGGCUGCGGGCGUGGCGCGCGCACCACUGGCUCCCGCUCGGGUCGUGCACCGGACCUCCCUGCGGGCCUCGGUCUCCGUUCGGUGUCCGCGCGCUCGCGCGCAGGUCUCCACGGGUCGGCCCCGCAGCGGCGCCGGUUUCCCGCCGAGCAUGGGGCUGCCUCGGAGGGCAGGGGACCCGGCGGAGCUGCGCAAGAGCCUGAAGCCGCUGCUGGAGAAGCGGCGCCGCGCGCGCAUCAACGAGAGCCUGAGCCAGCUCAAGGGGCUCAUCCUGCCGCUGCUGGGCAGGGAGGAGCUGCCUCCGUCCUCCGGCCCGACGGCGGCGCCCACACCCUCCGACAGUUACCGCGAGGGCUACCGAGCGUGCCUGGCGCGCCUGGCUCGAGUGCUACCCACCUGCCACGUCCUGGAGCCUGCCGUGAGCGCUCGCCUGCUGGAACACCUGCGCCGGAGGGCGGCCAGCGCCACCCCCGACGGCGGGCGCUCUGGGGACCCCUGCGGCCCGCCAGCGCCCUCCCCGCCGCCCGCCCCCGCGCCCUCACCACCCGAACCUCCCCGGAAUCCGGGUCUCUGGAGGCCCUGGUAGCCCCCAGGGACGUUCUACUGACCCUGCUGACUGCGCGGGAUCAGGAGUGCUGGACAGACUCAGGAAGCUCUUGGAGGCGGCUCCCGUUCCCACCACGACGGACAAGCCUGGUACUUACAACCGGGGCAGGUCCGGAUGUCUGUGAUCUGUGCUGGCAGACAAGUCCACUGGGACUCAGGAAAUAAGGGGAGAGGCCCAGGUUCAGCCCCAGCUUGGGAUGUCUGGGCUAGAAAAAACCUCUUGCCUCAGCAGGUGGAAGGGCUCGGGAGCUGGGCCAGUCACAGCUGCCCCCGAAGCCCACACACCUGCCCCAGCGCUGGCAGCAGCCCAGGGGCUGGGCCAGGAGCUCACCUGAGCCAGGUGCAGCCAUCUGCUCUGACUGGUCACUGCUCUCCCAGCCCCGCAUGAGUCUGCCUCCUCUCCAGCUCAUCCUGGGAACUUCUGGGCAGACGGCAGCAGUGGCCUGAAGGGCUCUGCAGGCGGGGGAGCCUUGACCUCCACUCCUGGCUUCCUGCCUAAAGCUUCCAGUUAAUUAUAGGGACAGUAUGCCACCAGGGCUGUGUGCCUAGAGGUGGGGGCUUCCUUAGGUAGGCUCGGGAAGGAUUUAUUCCCUCAAGCACUAAGUUAACACCUGUGUACCGCACACCAAGCCCCAUGGUCUUGGGGUGUGAAGAGGGAUGCUACAAGAGUGAGGAUGCCCUGUGGCCUGGAGGAAGCUUGCUGCCUUGAAAGGCCGGACCUGGGGCCCAGCACAGAGCCGGUGCUGAUGAGGUUAGCCUGGGGCAGCAGAAACUCAGAGGAUGACAUGGCAGGUUGAGGAACAGGAGUCCACUUUUCUCAUUUUCUCUUUUGAACUGCUCUCUGCUACUGUCAGGACAGAUAAAUGGAAGCAACUUGUUCUUAAGACUUUUCUUGCUUCCCCAUAGAAGCCAGAGAGACUUUGAAGGUCUGGAGGGGAGGGGAAGCUGUGGAUCCCAGCAGUGGGUGCCAGGUGAUCACCUGUUUCCGCCCCCCCCCCAACUCAGUCAUGUUCCCAGCAUCUCCUGGGGCUUCACAGAGCAUUUAUGGGAUAUGGGGAGUCCUCCCUCCCCAUCCCCAGUCCAACAAGCCUGUGUGAGGGACUGGGGCACUGGGGGCAAGAAGAUAGAGCUGAUGGGGGGGUCAUUAAAUUGAGCUAUAUGCCACAGAAACCCGUGAUGACCUAGACACUGACUCCAGUGGCAGGUUUUGGGGAGGCUGCGGGCAUCAUUGAAGAAGUCAGUGUUAAGACAGGAGGGUGAGCUCCUGGCAAGGUGGGCCGUCCUACCACCUGUCUGGGGCAGCUGGCUGGACUGUAUGCUCCUGGAGGGCAGGGCAGAGGCCAAGUGUACCUCUUUGUCCCCAGGGAACUUGGCACGUGGCGGGUGCUCAAUAAACAUCAUGAGCUAAUAAA